AUGAAUAUGGGUGAUAACGACGCAAAAUCUGCAAAACCGUUCAAACAGCGAAAAAGCUUUGGUGAGCCAUUGUGUUGUGAAAAAGCGUUAUAAGACUUAUUUACAUAUGGCAGCUUUGUUGUUGUUGCGUACGAAAGCACGUUCAUGAACGCUGCUCUUUCUGUCAUUUCAGUAAGUAGAAGAGAUGAGGUGGCAGGGAUUAGAGCAAAGUUUCCAUCGAAAAUACCAGUAAGAAUUGUGCUUUGUUAUUUCCACUACUUAAGCAAACAUUGUCUAUUUCUGUUGCAAUGUACUUAACUUAUAUUUGGUCCAAGUUUGUUGUCUUUUCUCAAUUAAUACAAAAUGUUCAUGUAAAAAUAAAAAGAAUAUCCUUAUCUCACUGUAGGUUAUAGUUGAAAGAUAUCACAAAGAAAAAGAUCUCCCAUUACUCGACAAGACAAAAUUUCUCGUCCCACAAGAGCUGACAAUGAGCCAGUUCGUCACUAUUAUAAGGUGAGGAGUUUAAAAGCCAUUGUUUAACUGAAAAACUUGCUCGAGCCGAUUCUUGGUUUGCAGGUUCUUGUGUGAUUAUAGCAGUCUUAUUUAACUUGCAACUUGCCAGCCAGCAAUGCAAAUUUCUGGCUUUAAAAAACUAGAAAGAAAUUAAACGUGAAGGUGAAUCCUCAAGUCACUGAAAUAUCAACUUCCAACCCCAGCUACACCAGGUGCCUAGUGUACCAUAAAAGUUUGGUAAAAUGUGCAUUUAAAAAUACUGACUCCACUCUGUUGUUGAAUUGAUUAACCCUUUCACUGCUAGACCAAAUUAACUAAUCUGUGUUUGGUUUUACUUUGAAAAUGUUAUUUGUCUUCUUUGGGCAUAACUCAUUCUGCAUUGAUCAGGUUUGGGCUUGAUGACCUGUCAGACAAAAUUAUUAUUAUCAUUGGCAAGAAGUCCAAAACUGAACAAUACCUCUGUAUUAUUUUACCUUUGUUUGUGAAAAGUAACAGUAUUGGGAUAUUUAGUGAAAAUUGUCAACUCUAAUUGCCACCUCAUACACAGUUUAAAUCCUUAGAUCUUUUGUGUUUGGAUGAGGGAGACUGUGGACUGUAGGAAAAUGGCAUGUGUGUAAUAUGAGGAUGCUUGUGAGAAAUAUUCCACAAUAAGUCCUGUGGAAACAUCUUCUCAGCCCUUCCCAGUGCAGGGCUUGAAGUUAACUUUUUAGUGCACUUGCAAAGUUGUGCUAGUACGAUUCUUUCCACAAGCAAACUGGUAAGACAACUAGCAAUUUUUUUCUUGGGAGACAUGGAUGAUUCUAACACAAGAACGUUUUGCUAGUGGAUAUUCUAGAUAUAUUUUCACUCGCAGAUUAUCAAAAUCACUCGCAUUUUGCAAGUUUGCAAGUGUUAACUUUGAGCCCUGAAGUGAACAACUUAAAUGUUAAUGAGCUGGUGGUUCUACUAGCAGAAACGAUAACAAUAGCUCUACUUGCUCUAAUGCGGGCAAUAUCCCUCUGCCUGCCUCUACUGGACAAUUCCAGAAAAUAUCCAUACUGUAGUGUGGACUGCUUCCAUACCUUAACACCCCCCUCAUGAUUUUCCCGUUCCAGGGGUCCUUGAUGACCCUUCCUCCCCCCAGGAAUUUACGGAAUUUUUAAACGGGAACUUCGCUUACCACCCUUUAGAAAUUCAAAGUGGUUUGGGCACUUAAAAACAAAGAAAGUGAAUACUAACUCAGUUACGAAAAUACGGUAGAAUUUUAUUACAAUAGUGCAGUGUAAACUUUUGUUAAGCUUAUUAUUCAGCCAAACUUUUAUCUUCUUCGCCAUCACGUUUGCAAACUAUGUCUGUGUUGUUUUUAUGUAAGCUUAUAAGCUUAAACAUGUGGUUGCAAAGUUUAAAUGUCGAUUGUUCCAGGUUUUUGUGCUUACUCUGACACGAAGGCUGUGAAGAGAACUUAAGUUUCACCUGCUUAAACAACUUCGCAAACCAUAACAAGAAAACCCAGAAACUUACAAGGUUCCUUUCUGGCUGUGUAUUUUUCUACACAUUUUGUCAGUUUCUUCCGGGUGAUUCUUAUUUAAGGGCCGAAAACUUCACUAACACAUGCCAACACGGUAGGUUUCGUGAACAUUGUCACGAUUGCAGAAGUAAUUUUACUAGCCAGGUAGCCGGGCCUUGUGAAGGUCAAGAAAGAAAUGGGAACGAAAGUACUCUUGUCUUAUCGUAUUGUUUAUGAGUUACUACCCCCAAUAAACAUGGAUAAAACAUGAAACCUAUCAAAAAUGUGUUUCCUGCAUGUGAAUGUGGCAAAAAGGGAUACUCAGUGAACAGAAGUGAAAGCACUUUAGUGCUGGUCAGACGAAAACGAGAUGAAGACAAGACUCCAGUUAUGUCCGCCAUUUUAAAUCGUUUUGACUUUGUUCCAAAGACACAUUGUUCUUCUGGAGAUUGUAGCGCUAGCUAACUAAAAAAAAAAGCAGAAACGUUAAAGCUCAUCUCUAUGGCCCUGAGUACCGACUUUUGUUUCAUAACAAUGUACAUAAGUAUGUUUUGGUUCUUCAGAUCGCUCAUACAUUGCUUUCAAUGUUUUGUGAGUGGUUCGUCACCAUUUGGAAAAGUAGUUUCUCACAAACCCCUGUACUCCGCAGAAAUAUUUACUGCCUUUGAACCCUCCUCUUCAGAAUUUCCAACGAUCUUCCGUGGAGGGGGGCAUGGAUAUUUUCUGGAACCACACAAUCUGCACGGGCACUUGCCAUCAGUUUGAAUUCGCUGUUUGUGAAGUCAUUCAAAAUAACCCACUUAGUAGUUAUAGUUCUCAUUUUCUCAUACAUUUUAAAAUUAAAACUGUCAUAACUUCUUCACUUUUUAAUCAAAUCGUAGCAUUAUAAUCAAAAUCUUAAUCUUAAACCAAUCUUAACAUUUUGAACUGACCAGAAAAUGCAGUUGCAUCUAUGGAACUGGAAUAUGUUGCAUUCCAGUGUCGAAAUAUAGUUUUUGUUUCCACUAAAUGACAAGUGACAGCCAUGUAACAGACAUUGAAAAUCUGCGGUAAAAAGAUGGGGUCAUUAUGCUCAUUUUUACCCUGUGUGCCUGGCUCUAAGUCUCCCUGAUUUGAGACCAGAAUUUAUUUAGUUGUGUUAACUUUAGGCAAUGAAAGGAUAUAAUCAUGUCAAAGAUUGUACCUGUAUGAGUGUUAGGUGACAAGAUCUCUAAUUUGCGGGUGGAGCUUUGUCUGAAAUACAGUCGACUCCUGAUAACUCGAACCUUCAAGGGAAAUCGAAAAAAGUUCGAGUUAUCGGGAGCUCGAAGAAAAUAGCCAAGAGUAAGGUACAAAACGGUUUUUACUGCACAGUGAACAUUUUAAUCACAUUUAAAGAUACUUCUAGAUUUUAAAUCAGAACGUAACGUAACAAAACAUAGCCUAAAUAGAGCAUGCGUUUUACUGUUUUGAGAAGUAAAGCUGCUUCACGUUAACCUGUGACAAUCAACAUGAGCCUCCAUUAGUAAACUACACUCCUACAACACGUUAAUAGGAAAUCCACAAUUCAAUGUUUCGGACGCCAGUAGACGGCUUUUUUCCCGACUUUUUAAGGGCUCAAAACGUGGUUCAAGUUAUUGAGGGUAAAAUUAUAUAGAAAAUGACCUGAGGGGAAACGAAAAUUGGUUUGAGUUAGCGUGACUUCGAGUUAUCCGGGGUCCGAGUUACUGAGGGUAAAAUUACAGUAAAUGUAUGACGGAAAUCCAGGGGAAGUCGAUUUUGGUUCGAGUUAGCACGAGGUUCGAGUUAGCAAGGGUUUGAGUUAUCAGGAGUCGACUGUACCAUAAAAUUCCAAAAAUAAGCCCCUCCAUGUAUAAGCCAGUCAAAAUUGUAAUGCAAAAAACCUUCUGUUAAAUCGCCCCUCCGAAUAUAAGCCCCCCAGGAGGCUUGUACUUGGAAUUUGCUCUCAAAUACAAAGUAAAACAAAGCAAAAAUAGUAAAUUUCCUUCCCACUACCAGCUAUUGUAGCCCAAUCGACUUUGAAACACAAAUUACCCUCCAUACAUAAGCCCCGCGAAAAAUAAGUCCCUCAAAAAGGGCGUUUAAAAAAUAUAAUCCCCAGGGCUUAUGUUUGAAAUUUUAUGGUACUACUUUUUGUUGUCGAUAGCAUGUCUUGGAUUCUUUGAGUUUCAAGGGAUGGGAGUAUAUUCUUUCCAAGAGAUCUUGAUAAGAUGCACUUUUAUCUUAGAAGAUGUACCUCAAAGUUCUUUCGUUGACUUGCUCGAUUUUGGCAGUGUUUCUUUUUCUGUAGUGGUGCCAGACUUGGUUACAAUAUGGCAUUAUAAAUGAGCGAUAAAGUGAUUUGUUGGUUGUAAGUGGCAAAAUGUUCUUCAAUCUGUUCAGAGCACUUAUCUGAGCACUUACUUUGCGACAAAUACUUGAAAUGUGAUCGUCAAAUUUUAAUUCAUUAUCAAGGACAACCCCCAGAAGACAAGUCUGUGAUUUUAAUGUCAAUAUCAGCUAAUUUAAAGUUCAGUUGCCAAGUACUGUAGCCUGAUAUUUAUCUGGGUUUGGUUUCAUGCCAUUUUGAAUAAACCGUGAAGUAGUAUUCUCAAAGUCACACAAUUCUCAUUUUUGUCAAUAACCCUGCAAUGCUCCACAUCCGGGGAUUUUCAAUUUGUGUCAGUGAACUUAGCUCCAUGUGUGAUUUAUCUUCUGGUGCAAUUUAACCUUCCUUACAUUUACUUAAAUGGGAAAUAAAAAUAAUCUUGAACAGCCCACCAUGCAUUUAGUGAUGACCUUAAUACGAGGGAAUGUUAAAAUAAUAUUUUCUACUUUAUGGUUAUACACAACAAUUUUUUUUUGGUCAUCAGGAAUCGCAUGUCAUUAUCAUCAACACAAGCAUUUUACCUUAUUGUCAACAACAAAAGUUUAGCAAGUAUGUCCAUGACAAUGGCUGAAGUUUACAAGGAGGAAAAGGAUGAAGAUGGAUUCCUAUACAUGGUUUACGCUUCUCAAGAAAUGUUUGGCCUAUGA